CGCGCCCUCGCGUGCGCGUGUAUGUGGAGGAAUCCGGCGCUGCGCGAGACCCUCCCCUGCUCUUCCCGCGCGCCUGGCUCCGCGCGCCGCCUCCUCCUCCCCUUCUUCUCUCCGCCCCUCGCCCUCUCCUCUCUUUCCCUCCUCGAACAUCGCGGGGCCGGCGAGCGCGGCGCUGUUGUCGCAGCUCCAGAAGAGGCGGCGGGCGCUGCGGGAGGAGCCGCACAGGAUUACUUACCCAGGCUCGCGGCUGCUUCUUGUGGAAGUGCUGGUGGCGCAGGAGGAGGAGGGGGGAAAAAUAAAACCGGAACAGAGCGCGCCGAGGACGACGACGGCAGAUUAAAGGUUCUGUGUGGAAGACUUAAGUGUACUGUUCAUUUGAGGCUGGACAAGAACUUCUAACUUUUGGCAGCUGAAGAUGUUGUUACUAUGGAAACAGAUGUUCCUGCUUUCCUUUGUUGGCUGCCUUGGAGAUCUUGAAAACUUAAAGACAAAAAUGAGAAGCACUGUGUCUGUACGAGAAGGACAAGGGGUUGUUCUGCUGUGUGGGCCAUCAACUCAUUCUGGAGAGCAUUCUUAUGCUUGGAUCUUCAAUGAAUAUCCAUCAUUUGUGCAAGAAGACAGUCGUCGAUUUGUUUCUCAGGAAACUGGGCAUCUCUACAUAGCCAAAGUAGAGCCAUCUGAUGUAGGAAAUUAUACAUGUGUUGUGACAAGUACCGUAACAAAUGCCAAAGUUCUUGGCUCGCCGACACCUUUAGUGCUGCGUACUGAUGGAGUAAUGGGGGAAUACGAACCCAAAAUAGAAGUUCAGUUUCCUGAAUCACUUCCAGCUGCUAAAGGUUCGAUAGUAAAGCUGGAAUGCUUUGCCCUUGGAAACCCAGUACCUCGGAUUAACUGGAGAAGAGCUGAUGGGAUGCCAUUUCCAAGCAAAGUAAUGUUGAGGAAAUCCAAUGGCAUGAUUGAAAUUCCAAAUUUCCAACAAGAAGAUGCUGGUCUCUAUGAGUGCAUUACUGAGAACUCUAGAGGGAAAAAUGUUGCCAGGGGGCGCUUGACAUAUUACGCAAAGCCUCACUGGGUUCAACUCAUAAAAGAUUUUGAAGCUGCGGUGGAGGACAACUUAUACUGGGAAUGCAGAGCGAGUGGCAAACCCAAGCCAUCCUACAGGUGGCUGAGAAAUGGAGAGCCUCUGGCAUUGGAGGGAAGAAUACAAAUCGAAAAUGGGGCUUUGAUCAUAACAAACCUCAACUUGACAGAUUCUGGCAUCUACCAGUGUAUUGCAGAAAACAAACACGGGACAAUAUAUUCCAGCGCUGAUCUCAGAGUUGUAGCCUCUGCUCCUGACUUCUCUAAAAGCCCGAUGAAGAAGCUGAUUCAGCUUUUAAUUGGCAGCACAGCUCAUUUUGACUGCAAGCCGAAAUCUUCCCCUAAAGCGACGACUACUUGGAAAAAGGGAGGUGAGCUGCUCCAAGAAAAUGAAAGAAUUUCACUAUUAAAAGAUGGAGGCCUCCGAAUAGCUAAUGUGAGUAAAUCAGAUGCUGGAAGUUAUACUUGCCUGGCAGAGAACCAGUUUGGAAAAGCUAGUAGUUCAACUAGCUUAUUAGUUACAGAACCAACGCGGAUAACCCUGGCACCUUCAAACAUGGAUGUUUCAGUAGGGGAAAGUGUUAUCUUGCCCUGUCAAGUUCAGCACGAUCCACUGCUGGACAUUAGUUUUACAUGGUAUUUUAACAGCGCAUUGACUGACUUCAGAAAAGAUGCAUCUCAUUUUGAGAGAGUAGGUGGGAGUGCAUCGGGAGACUUGAUGAUUAGGAAUAUCCAAUUGAAACACAGUGGAAAAUACGUGUGCAUGGUGAAGACAGAAGUGGAUAGUGUGUCAUCUGCAGCAGAUCUCAUAGUUCGAGGCUCACCUGGACCACCGGAACGUGUAAAAGUGGAUGAAAUAACAGCUACCACAGCCCGGCUUACUUGGCAUGAGGGCUUAGAUAAUCACAGCCCAAUCGCUAGUUAUACAAUACAGGCCAGGACACCCUUUUCAGUGGGAUGGCAAAGAGUCACAACAGUUCCUGAUGUCAUUGAUGGGAAGACGUUCACAGCCACCGCAGUAGACUUAAACCCUUGGGUUGAAUAUGAAUUCCGUAUAGUUGCCAGUAACAAAAUUGGAGGUGGAGAACCUAGUUUACCCUCAGAAAAAGUAAGAACUGAAGAGGCAGUGCCUGAGGUACCACCAUCUGAAGUGAGUGGAGGAGGCGGCAGCAGGUCUGAACUGGUCAUCACAUGGGAUCCCGUUCCUGAAGAAUUACAAAAUGGUGAAGGAUUUGGCUAUGUCGUAGCUUUCCGACCUCUUGGAGUUACAACCUGGAUACAGACAGUUGUCACAUCACCUGACACACCCAGAUACGUCUUCAGAAACGAAAGCAUCUUGCCCUUUUCGCCAUAUGAAGUCAAGGUUGGUGUGUAUAAUAAUAAAGGAGAAGGACCAUUUAGCCCCGUGACCACAGUGUAUUCUGCUGAAGAAGAACCCACCAUAGCACCUUCUGGUGUAUCUGCAAACAGCCUCUCAUCUUCUGUAAUUGAAGUCUCCUGGGUUUCCAUUCCUUGGAAAAUGAGUAGUGGAAGAUUGCUGGGCUAUGAGGUGAGGUACUGGAAUAACGGUGGAAAAGAACAGUCUUCCAACAGAAUAAAAGCCAUUGGAAAUGAGACAUCAGUAAGAAUAACAGACCUGAUGAGCAACCUUGUGUACUAUACAGCUGUUCGAGCAUACAACAGUGCAGGAGCAGGUCCUUUCAGUGCCACUGUCAAUGCUACCACAAAAAAAACACCACCCAGCCAGCCUCCAGGAAACGUUGUGUGGAACGUUACUGACUCCAGGGUCAUGCUGAAUUGGGAGCAGGUGCAUGCAAUGGAAAAUGAGUCAGAAGUCAUUGGUUAUAAGAUUUUAUAUCGGACUAGCAGUCAAAACGAGCUCAGUGUCCUUAUGACAAACAGAACAUCUGCAGAACUUCUGCUCCCUUUAAAUGAUGACUACAUUAUAGAAGUGAAAGCAGUGACUGAUGGUGGAGAUGGCAUUAGCAGCGAACAGAUUAAAAUUCCUAAACUAGCAAGUAUGGAUGCAAGAGGUUCUGGGGCAGCAGUCUUAAAUGGCCUAUCCAGCUGUAUAUCAAUAACACUAUGCUUUAUCUUUAAAGUGGUAUUGUGUUGAUGCAUUUUCACAGAUAGGUGAAGGCCAGGUGAAUAAUUUACUUUAAAAGUGCUUUUUAAAACAACAAUAGCAACAACUACAAAUGGUGGUUAUGCAUGGAUCUGCUACCAUUGAUUUUAAACACUUUCUAUGAAUUUCAUUCAAAAAAUAAAAUAAAGAGCAAACCAUAUACAUAUUAAACAGUUCCUUCUAAAGGAAUAUAAAAUGCCUUAAAAUGUAAUGAACCAAAGGACUUUACACAUUACAUGCUUCGGAAAUGACAAAAAUAAGAGGAUGCACAUUGCAAAACAAAAAAGAUGCGAGAGUUCCAUUUUCCAAGCAACUCGGAAUUAUUUUAAUGUAAAUUGCAACAAAAUCAUACACAUACACACAGAUGGAAGAUAAAACAAAUCCGUAUUUCAGCAGUAUCUGAUGGGAAACUUUGAGUUAUUUUCUAAAGCCUCACAAUGGUGAAUGGUAACUGGAUAACUAUCAUUCUGGUCUUUUGUUUUAUGUCCUUUUUUUCUUACUAAUUAAACACCACAAAUAUCUAAAAAGGUAAAGGUACCCCUGCCCGUACGGGCCAGUCUUGACAGACUCUAGGGUUGUGCGCCCAUCUCACUCUU